AUGCGAUGCCGGGCGGCGGGCCGCAGGCUGGGCACCGCACCGCACCGCACCGCCCAGCGGGCCGCGCAGCCUGGGGGCCGACGGAUGGGGCGGCAAGGGGGCCCGGGGGGCCGCCUCCUCCUCCCCGUCCCCCUCCUCCCCGUCCUCCUCCUCCUCCCCCUCCUCCUCCCGCUGCCCCCGGCCGAGGGCAAGAGGGCCGCCAAGCCCAAGUGCCCCGCCUGGUGCACCUGCACCCGGGACAACGCCCUCUGCGAGAACGCCAGGACCAUCCCCCGCUCCGUGCCCCCCGGGGUCAUCUCCCUCUCCUUUGUGCGGUGCGGUUUCACCGGGAUCCCGGAAGGGAGCUUCUCCCUCACCCCGUCUCUGCAGCUCCUGUUGUUCACAUCAAACUCUUUCGAUGUUAUCAGUGAUGAUGCUUUCAUGGGGCUUCCUCAUCUAGAGUACUUGUUCAUAGAAAACAACAAUAUCAAGUCAAUUUCAAAACACACUUUUCGGGGACUGAAAUCUUUAAUUCACCUGAGCCUCGCCUACAACAAUCUCCAGACUCUUCCAAAGGACAUUUUCAAAGGCCUGGACUCACUGACAAACGUGGACCUGCGAGGAAACGCAUUUCACUGUGACUGCAGGCUCAAGUGGCUGGUCGAAUGGCUCGGCCACACCAACGCCACGGUGGAAGAGAUCUACUGCGAGGGCCCAGCUGCAUAUAAGAAGCGCAAAAUCAGUAGCCUCUCAGGAAAGGACUUUGAUUGCAUAAUCACCGAAUUUGCCUGGUCCCAAGCACUGCCCUAUCAGUCUCUGGCUGUGGACACCUUCUCCUUCCUGGACGAUGAGUACGUGGUCGUGGCUCAGCCCUUCACUGGAAAGUGCAUUUUCCUCGAAUGGGAUCACGUGGAAAUGACGUUCAGGAACUAUGACAACAUCACAGGAACCUCGACGGUGGUGUGCAAGCCGAUCGUCAUCGAGACCCAGCUGUACGUGAUCGUGGCCCAGCUCUUCGGAGGCUCUCACAUCUAUAAGCGAGACAGCUUUGCCAACAAGUUCAUCAAAAUCCAGGACAUCGAGAUUCUCCAGAUUCGAAAACCGAACGACAUCGAGACGUUCCGGAUUGAGAACGACUGGUACUUCGUGGUGGCCGACAGCUCCAAGGCCGGCUUCACGACCGUCUACAAGUGGAACGGAAAUGGGUUUUACUCGCAUCAGUCCCUGCACGCGUGGCACAGGGACACGGAUGUGGAAUACCUGGAGAUCCCCAGGCCGCCUCACAGGGCCAGAACGCCGCAUCUCAUUCUGUCCAGCAGCUCCCAGCGCCCGGUCAUGUACCAGUGGAACAAGGGGAUCCAGUUGUUUACCAACCAGACGGACAUCCCCAACACGGAGGACGUUUAUGCCGUCAAGCACUUCACGGUCAGGGGAGACGUGUACAUCUGCCUGACGAGAUUCAUUGGGGAUUCCAAGGUGAUGAAGUGGGCGGGGUCGGCCUUUCUGGACGUCCAGAGGAUGCCAUCUCGAGGUGCCAUGGUCUUCCAGCCCCUGCGGGUGGAAAACUACCAGUAUGCCAUCCUGGGAAGUGACUACUCUUUCACCCAGGUAUACAACUGGGAUUCGGAGAAAGCAAAAUUCGUGAAAUUCCAAGAGUUGAAUGUGCAGGCCCCGAGGUCUUUCACCCGCGUGACGAUCGACAAGCGUCAUUUUCUCUUUGCUUCCAGUUUUAAGGGCACCACACAGAUUUAUAAACACGUCAUAGUCGACUUAAGCGCGUGACCCCCGCCCCCUCCUCCCGCCCCCGUCCCGGGCAGACCUCUCCCCGUCCUCCAGGAAGCGGACAGGAACGACGCAACGCAUGAUGGCUCUCUCCUUCCCGUCCGUCCAAGCGACCGCCUCACCAAGGCUGAGAUGGCUAGAGCAAAGCAUUCCUCGUGUCUUCAUCUUUACCUGUCAAGUCUAGUGAUGUUGGAAGUUACCUUUUCUAAAGUGAAUGAACUGCGCUGCAUUGAUAAUCUGUAGAUACGUGAGCCCGCGGCUUCUGUUUUUUGAACAACUAUGAGUGUGGUCUCUCCUUCUAUUUAUUCAUGGGUUGAAAACAGCUGCCAAAUAAAAUGUUUACAUUUUCUGUCC